AUGCAUUCAACUGCAAGAGCUAGGAGCUCAAUCCCCUCCUCGAUGAUUCCUUCUUAUCCUGGCAGCGCUGCCCGGGCUCGUGACCGUGCUCAGGCUCUUCAGGCCUAUUUUCAGCAACCCAGCAAUUCAGUAGCCGUACGCACACCCUUCACCUCUGCUACACGAAGAUCCAGUAGCCAUAGAGGCUUGGCUCAAGUUGGGCCAGCGUCCUCAUCAUCAGAUCAGACUAGUGGCACCAUCUUUUUCCCAUCGAGUUCAUCUGGCAGAAACCUCCAAGAAGCAGAAAAUACUGUGUCGAAUCACUUUCAUACUUGGGAACAAGAACACUUGCCUUCUUUCCCAUUGAGCCAUGGUGAAAGAGACCCAGUUUGGGGCCCAUUUCAUCAGGCUGCUGGUGGGUCCAACUCUGGUAUCAGGUCCAACAGCUUUCGCCCGAGGCAUGGAUCUGAGAGGAUGCCAUCGCAAAAUCGGUCAUAGGCUAUGUAUUGUGUUUUGGUGAGGAAAACUGCAAUCCCUAUGACUGAAACCCGAAAUUAUGUAUGUUUGAGAACUGAUAUGUGAUGGUUGGAGUCUGUCAACCGGCAGAUGAUACUCUUGCUAUGGCCCUGAAAUGGUCUUUUUGGCUGCCAGGUGGUUAUGUGCUGAACAUUGGCUUCCUCUUAUUUGUUUUGCCCUGGGGAUAUAUAAGAAUAUGAUCACAUGUUUAUGGUAUAGUUAGAAGGUUUCUAGCAUUUGACUUUUCCUUUUUCUUGUCUAAUACAUGGGACCCAGAUAUCGAAUACCUGGACCUAAUGGAAAUCACCUGAAAAGAAAAGCUGCAUGGGGAUUCAGGGAAGUGAUAGUCCAGUAAUAUUGCUGGGAAGUAGCAGGAACAGCAACUCAAAUAAGGCUUUGAGAGUUGUGCUGGGAGCUUACAAAUAUCUCAUUUCGUAGGACUUUGGUCCUCUGUAAUCAGUGUCUUAUUUUCUGCAGGACAGAUUACACAGGAUGAGUUAAGAGCAUUUAGUAGACAAGCGCAUGUUAGAAAACAAUGUUGAAGAUUUUGCCCAUAUAUUGUUCUAGACCUAGAGUAGAAUGACCGAAAACAUGAUACUCACUUACUAUAUUAAGGAAGAGGGUGAGAUGUCUCUUGGUCUCUUUCUUCUCAACAGCCACUGGAUUCAAGAGCCUUACUUUUGACUGGAUCUCUUACCUACAAAGACAUCAAACUAUCCAUUUUUAACCGCCUUUAAUCAUGACUUGAGCAAAGAUGCAAAUUAAUACAGACCAAGUCUGCCCGCGAAUGGACAGUGCAGACCAGCUGAAACUGCGUAGAUCCGUUUGAACACCAUUUUUAGAUUCAAGCCAAAAACUUUUAAUCACUAUUAAUGAAAGAUGCAGUGAAUCUUGGGUGAAAUGUAAUGAAUGACCAGUUGGCCAUAAUCCGAUAUGCCUGCCGGGUCAUAUGAACUCCAUCCCAGCUGAUCUAUCUGCGAGGGUUGGAACAAACGGGAAUCUCUGGAGAUACACACAUCAGAGUGAGACUGAAGUUAUAGUUAGCUCCAGUACCGCAUCAAGCUUUUUGUACAGAUGAAGAAUCAAAUCCUGAG